CCGAAGCCUGGUAGAGGCUAGUUUCAAGUAGCAACCACUAGUUUCAGUCACUGAAGUCGGACAGUUUUCAAAACCCAUUAAGUUGCUUGAGUAACAAUUUCAUUGUGUAUCUCAUUUUCUGGAUGUCUCAUCUUCAUCGAUGUUAGCCGUAACUUUCUGUGAAAAGUUCCUGAGGUGACCUCGCCAGUCAGCUCCCCCGCCAUGAGUUACCUGAAGACCUUGUGUGAUGAGCCCCUGGUGAACGUGACGCUGGGACAGCUGCUGGACGACACCGCCGCCAGAUGGCCCGGGAAGGAGGCGUACGUCUUCCGCAAGCAGGGCGUGAGGAUGACGUAUGCUGAGGUCAAACAAGAGGCAGACCGUCUGGCGGCGGGACUGAUGUCUAUCGGAGUCCGCCGUGGUGACGUGGUGGCCUGGGUCAUGAGCACCAGGCCGGAGUUUGUCGCGCUGUGCUUUGCCUUGGCAAAGAUAGGCGCCGUCGCUGUGCCGCUUACCCCCCUCUACUUUUGGUCGUCAUACAAAGAUGUCAUAAGCAAAGUGAUGGCCAAGAUUGAGGUUAAAAUCUUCUUGAUCGAAAAUUUCCCCUCCACUGAAGACUUCGAAGGGACACUGCCGUUCCUGAGGAAGGCGUUUCCGACGUCAAACAAGACCAAGAACUUAACCACUGACACAAUACCAAGCUUAAGAUCCAUUGUCAUCAUCGGAGACAAGAAUCACGAUGACGCUUUCCAGAAUCUAGAAGACAUUCAAAGCCUGGGGACCGAUGAGGCCGCUAGGGGACGUGUACAGGAAGCCCUGAGCCAAGUGGAUUGCCACGAUACUGUCAUCCUUGCACUUACGUCUGGAAGUUCCGGUCUCCCCAAGUGUGUUGAACACAGCAGCUUCUCCAUUGUCAACAACACGCGCCUACACAUGAGGGCCAUUGGCAUGGAUACCAGGAAAUCCGUGCUGCUGCCCACAGAUCUGCCGGAGUUCCCGCUGGCCUUCCCAGCUCCCUUCAUCGCGGGAUUUACUCUUGUCUUUCCAAGCAACGAAUUCCCUACUAUGACAGAAAUCUUUGAAGCUAUUACGGAAGAAAGGUGCGAGGCCACCACGUUGAUGUACGUGAGGACGUUACACGAGCUUCUACACGAUCCAUCUGGGAAGGAAUAUGACUUAUCAUCUCUGAAUCAAGUUAAAGUUGGUGGAAAUGUUGUGACCAAGCAGCUAGUACGGCGUGCCGCAGAAGUCCUCCCAGGCGUAGAGAUACUUAAAAAUUACGGAAUAACCGAGACCUUGUCCCUGACGGUAACAAGUCGUGAAAUGACGACAGAGCAGCUGGAGUCGACAGUGGGUAAUCUGCUGCCACAUACGGAGAUGAAGCUGGUGGACGGACGCGGUCAGACCGUCCCCCUGCAGCACGAGGGAGAGGUCUGGGUACGAGGCUACUUUGUGUUCAAGUGUUACCGAGGAGACGAUGAGAAAACUGCGGAGGUGAAGACAGCUGACGGCUGGUACAAAACUGGUGACAUUGGGAUUCUUGAAGAAAAUGGCUUGCUGAAGAUCACCGGCAGGAAGGAACAAUUCAUCAUAAAGGACUCAACAAAUGUUCAUCCCACGAUGGUCGAGCAAGUCUUACUGACGCAUCCCAAAGUCUUCGAUGUAAAGGUGGUUGGUGUACCAGACCCUGCCUCUGUGGAAGAGAUCUGUGCCUGUAUCAUACUAAAGAAAGAUCAAACGUCAAAUCUACAAGAGAUGAGGGAGUUCUCAGAAAUCCACGGGCUGGUGGAUGAUUUUUGCCCCGAAUACGUCAUCUUCAUGGAUAGUUUUCCUCUGACCUCAAGUGGACAAAAGGUCGACCGGAAGAAGCUGAGAGAUGUCGCCAUAGAGAAGCUGGCUCUGCAGAAAUAAGUCACGACUACGGGUUUUUAUAUUAUCGUGAUGACAAAGGAUAUGCUGCAUUCCUAUUUUUAAAUUUGAUAUCAUGGUGCCAAGAGUGUCUUAAUUAUGCUUCAGACGUUCAGAUAGUUAUAUGACGGAUACAAAAUACAAGGCUACAUUUGUUUAAUAUUUCGCUUCAUAUAUCACGAGAACAUCAUAUAAAAAUGGUCACUAUAUCAAUGAAUGGUUUACUUGUAAAACAUAGCAGCCUAUGGGGCUGAAUUGUGUAGUAAUUGCAAUAAAAACUGCACGCCUAUUGACUCCAAAGUAAUCGAAAAAAACAAUGAUUUUGAAACGAAUUCAACAUAAUAUAUGGUACAUCAUCUAAAAAAUGAAUGAAAAAUGUCCAACCUUUAAGUCAUUCAAAUGUCCUAAUAUAGUCUUUUGAGACUGACUGACAGUAGAAGUAGUACUAAUAUAGAAAACUGGAUCAACUACCAGACUGACUCACAAUUGUACGUCAACUUGGGUCCCUUGUAUUUUAGUGCAGAGAUAAACAUCAUCAUUAUGUUAAAUCAUUAUUAGGUAAUAGUAGUAAGUAGUAUUAAUAGCUGUUUAUGGUAGGAAAAGAAACAUAAAGAUUUAAGCUUUCUCCAUAUAUCUGUUAUUUGAUUUCACAAGAUACUGUUAUAGUAGUUUCUUACAUCAAAACACUAAUUUUACAUUUUAAGCAUGUGAUACCUUACAAUUUAUUUUACGAGCGCAACAAUAUACAGUCAUAGUAAGAAAUGAAAUACAUUGCUUAAUUGGUUUACCAUUUGUUGUUAGUCCCUCAGAUCUUAAAUAUAGACGGUAGUAGAGGCGCAUAUAGCACGUCGACAGAACGUAAUGCGCCUUUGCAAAACUGAAUUUUCGUUUGAUUUUUGGUCAACGUUGCAUCAG